GGUUGAAUUUUGUGAAAUAAGAACUCAUAUUUUCCAUAGUAGAACAAAGAAGAAAGGUCCUAUAUUUUCGCGUUCAAUAAGUUCAGUGAUCAAGGAACAUGCCGCCCUGUUUGAAAAGUGAUCUCUUCUGGAAUCAGCGAGAGGCAGAGGACGUUAUCUUCAAUCCCAGGAAAAAAUGCAGAAUGGAUGAUGUGAAUUGGGCUGAACUACAGGUCGAUUUGUUGGUUGAAAUCGUAGGAAACCACUUGCAUUCCGCCGUGGACAUGGUUGCGUUUUCAGGUGUGUGCCUUUCAUGGCGCAACGCUUCCAAUUUGGCCAAUGUCAAACAAAAGUGGGCUUGCCAAAUGCCGUGGCUUAUGCUAACUGAUGGCAAUCUGGAGCUCACUCCCGACAAGGAGGAUGACCCAAUUGAUGAUGAUGAUGAUUAUGAUGAUGACCCAAUUGAUGAUGAUGAUGAUUAUGAUACUAUUGAUGAUGAUACAAUUGAUGAUGAUACAAUUGAUAAUGAUGAUACAGUUGAUGAUGAUACAAUUGAGGAUGAGACAAUUGAUGAGGAUGAGACAAUUGAUGAUGAUACAAUUGAUGAGGAUGAGGAUGAGACAAUUGAGGAUGAUAAAUCGAAAGAAGAGAGUGCAAGUGUAGAAAACAAUGUGAGAAGAAGAAGAACGUUGGUGGAUUUGAGGAACAAGGAUGGGAGGAGUUACAAUGUGGAGUGUAGUAAAUUGUAUGGAAAGAGUUGUUGGGGAUCAGGUGAUGGUUGGAUAGCAACUCAUGGUCUUGAUAAUAACAUGUAUAUCUUCAACCCUCUAACAAAGGAACAACUCAAUCUCCCUCCUCGCCAUCUUUAUAAACCCUACAAAAGUCCUUGUCCUCCUGAUUUCCUUCGUGCCUAUUUCAUAACUAAAGCAGUCCUACUUAACGUACCAAUUACCAGUGGUGGUUUACUCGUGGUCGUAUUGCAUUCUGACGGUUGCGGUGUUGUUAUUGCCAAGCCUGGGGACACACAUUGGACAAAAAUUAGUAUUCCUCUACAUGAAAUGGUAAUGGUUACAAGCCGUAGGAUUACCGAUGUCUUAUAUCUUGCUAGUAAAGGGCUAAUACUAUUGGUGAAUCAAUAUGGAAAUCUUGCAUAUUUUCACCUUGAAGAUGUUCAAAAACAAGUACGAUGGUAUGAUUGUACUCUUAGUUACAUCAACCAACUCAGACACCCACAUGAAUAUGAUUUUGUUGACCAUACUACUUACAUUGUUAAUUCUGGUGAGGAUCUUCUUAUGGUGUUAAGAAUAUUCGAUGUUGUUAAGAACUAUGCGGAUAUGGUCAGAGACGAUGAUGGUCAUGGUAUUGAUCAGUACAGGACAGUUAAUUUUAAGGUCUACAAGUUUCACUUUCAAGACAAGACUUGGGAGGAGUUGGAAGAUUUGGUAGAUGUUGCUCUUUUCGUGGGUAACAAUGCAUCAAUGUCUGUUUGUGCAACUGAUGCCGGUUGUGACUGCAACUGUAUAUACUUUACUGAUGAUCAAAGAUAUUAUUAUGCCGAAACAAAAGCCGGACUUGGAGGACAUGACAUUGGUGUUUUCCGAAUGAGUGAUAAGACUAUCCGGCCGUUAGAUGUGGGAAAUAACACUCAUAUGUACUCUUCAUAUUGUUGUCCCUUGUGGUUUAGUCCUGCAUUUUAAAUUGUUAUAAUAAACUCUGAUGGGUGAUGGUAAAGGUCGCAAAUUGCGACAACAUUUAGUUGUUGCAAUCUUAUGUGUCGGAAUUUAAUUGGUAUAUAUAAGCGCCAAGUAGAUUAUGCGUCAUCAUAAUAUUUUUACUAUCAAUGCGAUAUUUUUACUAUGAAAAUAUGUAAAUAAGGUAGUCGAUGUAAAGAA